UCGUGGAGAAGAGAGGAAGGAGAGAACAGAGAUGGAUACGAUCAGGGUCGGACUUUCAGAGUUUAAUGUUGGGGGCAACCAGGCACCAUAGCUGCUGAAGCCCAUCAGCUAGAGACAAACGGGCCAACAAUUUAACAAAGAAUAAUACAACUUACACAAAAAGAAAACAACUGGGCAGAAUGACUGGGAACAUUGGGUUUUAUAUCCAGUUAAUAGCCAGAGUGUAGAAGCUCCAGAGAAGGUGGUGGAGAGAGGUACCCAAAAAAGUACAAAACAGGAGAAAGGAAGGCAAACUGAGAAAAACAAAAAUCGAAAGUUGAAGGAUAAGACAGAGAAAUUUGCCCAAAGUUUGCUUCCUCAGGUGAAGUCAGGCCUUGGCCUGGACGGGCGCAGGGAGAGAGAGCGAGCGAGCGGGAGAGAGAGAGCGGUGGCGUAAGAGAGACGUGGCCAUGUUCAUGUUCAUCCGAGAAGGUUCUGCCGGUGUAUCAGGAGGCGGCUUAGGAGGGAGUGUGAUACAAGAGAAGACCGCCAAACAGGUGCAGGCCUCCGUCCGCAAGCAGGUGGAGAGGCAGAGGAGGCAGAACAGCGAGCUGAACGUGCCGGAGGAGAUGGACAACGCCUCGGUGCACUCCAGGAACCCCAGCACCUCUACUGCCCCAAAGCAGGAGAAGGAGCCAGAACAGGAGAACCCAGACCUGCUGGCUGCUCUGGAUGGAGUCUAUGGCCCGCAGACCACACAGCGCAUAUUCACACAUUGUGCACAGUUUGGUUUCCGAAUGUUUACCUCUUGCUCUCUCUGCGCUUCCCUUUGCACAGAGCUGAGGGAAGGCUUUAAAGAGUUUGAGUAUAAGAACAAAGGCAUAGUGAAAUGUGAGAGCCUGGGAGAAUGCAUGAGGACCAUGGGCUACAUGCCGACAGAGAUGAGGCUGAUCGAGCUGAGCGAGACCCUCCGCAGCGGCAAAGUCGACUUUGAGGACUUUUCGGAUCUCAUGGGCCCUAAGGUGGUGGAGGAUACUACCCACAUGAUCGGGAUAAGAGAGAUGAAAGAGGCUUUUCAAGAGAUCGACGCAGAUGGAGAUGGGCAGAUCAGCGCUGCGGAGCUCAAAGAGGCCAUGAAGUCGCUGUUAGGGGAGCAACUCAGUCCUGCAGAGCUGGAGGAGAUCCUGCAGGACGCCGACCUCAACGGUGACGGACAGAUAGACUUUCAGGAGUUUGUUCGAAUGAUGUCUCACUGAUCCUUAUUGAAAAAUUAUCAACUGAAGAAGGAAAAAAUCAAGGAAGGAAGUUAAAGAAACCCAGACAGGAAACAGCAAGCGGAAAAUGAAUGGACAAGUCAUCCUAUGGAUUAGCUAUAUAUUUUGCUUAACAAAAUUUUUAAAAGAAAUUUCGGAAAUAUGUCAUUCAGCCCAAUAUUAUAAAUCCCACAUUGUCACUUAAUAAAUGAUAAGAUAAACAAUAAAAAAGAUACAAGAAAUGCAGAUAAAAUAUGGACAGCCAGUUAAAAAUGCACAGAAAUACACAAAUGCAUGCCGGUCUAUGCUAGCCUCAAUGCUAAUUCUAGCUGGGGGCAGUUGAUUGCAGUAAAACAACUUAAUAAUUGCUUUAUUGUCAAGGAAAGAAUUAUAUCUUGAAUGGAGAAGCUCAUUUUGAACAAAUCCCAGCUGAAGAGCUUUAUGUGGGUUGUGCGUACCUUAUGUAUUGUGCAGUGAAUUACUUUGUCAAUAAGAUUGUUAAAAAACAUUUCUGUUUUCAGUAUUAUUAAUUGUAUUAUUUUCAGUUAACUAUUUUUUGCUAGCCAGUGAUUAGUAACUUUACCUUUGUUGAUCUUGUGGGGUUUAUGUGCAUUAGUUAAAUAAAUCACUUUUAGCAGUGAGCAUUAUC